ACCCUGAAGCGGAAUAGGAAGGACGGAAACGCCGCCAUGGCUUCUGAUUGGCUGUUUGUCUAGCCGGGGCACUUGGGACUCCUUUCUCGCGCCACUUUCAGGCGGUUUGGCGCGGGAGCAGGGGGAAAGUGAAGUUGGCGGCAGUAGGAUGGACUUGAGUGGCCGCCCGCCCGAUGGUACCGGUGAUGGAUGCAGUGGAGAAACAUCUGUUUCUCAAAAUUUUACAGCUUCCCGUUCUCGACGUGAGAAAAAAUGUAAAACAGGGAGACUGGAAGCAUUGGAACGUUUGAAAAAGGCGAAGGCUGGUGAAAAGAUAAAAUAUGAGAUUGAAGAGUUUGCAAGUGUUUACGAAGAAGUUGAUGAAGAACAAUACUCCAAGAUGGUCAAGGAACGUCAGGAUGAGGACUGGAUUGUGGAUGAUGAUGGUAUUGGUUAUGUAGAAGAUGGCAGGGAGAUUUUUGAUGAAGAUUUAGAAGAUGAUGCUCUUGAUUCCAACAAGAAAAGAAGAGGAGAGAGAACUUCCACAAAUGAUAAAAAGAAUGUGAAGAAGGCCAUACUAUCAAAACCAAAUACCAUUAAGUCCAUGUUUAUGGCUAGUACUGGGAAGAAGAACACUGAUAAAGCUGUUGAUCUGUCCAAGGAUGAUCUGCUAGGAGAUAUCUUACAGGAUCUGAAUGCAGAGUCAGCUCAUAUAGCACCACCACCAGUUAUAAUGCGUAAAAAGAAGAGACUUUAUGGAACAUCACAAAAUCCUUUCUCUGUGCAAUUUCAAGUCUCCAAGAGAACUUCUGUAGCUAAACCUGUUAUUCCUGUCAAAACCAAAGCUGCUGCUUUGAAUUCAUUUCAAUCCAACCAUUCAAUCUGUAUGUCAAGGCCACAGACAGUCGAAGAUGCAGUUGGUGAUCCUGAAAAUGGAAUUCAAAUUGUGGAAAAUGGAGAAUUGGUAAAAAUUAAACAAGAGGAAGUUACUAAAGACAGUGAACAGGCUAUUGUGGAUUUUGAUGAUGAAGACUUCAAUGAAUCUAUGGAGGAUGUAGGAAUUGUAGCAGAAAAAGUUACAUCUCUGAAAGAAGAACUAAAGUUGGAAGACCAAAAAACAAGAAGCUCUUCCCUCUCUGAUAUUUCCUGUUGGGACGAAAUCACUGAAAAUGUUGAUGAACAAUUAGUUUCAGAAAUUCAAGUAGAUUCUAGUGAACUUCCUCUAGUAACUGGAGAAGAUGGGCAGCAGGUGUUCAGGUUCUAUUGGCUAGAUGCUUAUGAAGAUCAGUAUAACCAGCCAGGGGUGGUAUUUCUCUUUGGUAAAGUGUGGAUUGAAUGUGCGAAGUCCUACGUUAGCUGCUGUGUGGCAGUAAAAAAUAUUGAGAGAACCAUUUAUCUCCUGCCACGUGAGUCGCGGAUCGGCUUAUCUUCUGGUAAAGAGACAAAAAAUUCCGUGACCAUGAUGGAUGUCUAUCAAGAAUUUAAUGACAAAAUUGCAGAAAAAUACAAGAUCAUGAAGUUCAAGUCCAGGAAAGUGGAAAAGAAUUAUGCUUUUGAGAUACCAGAUGUUCCUGCAAAAUCUGAUUACCUAGAAGUUAGAUACUCGGCUGACUUCUCUCGGCUUCCUCAAGACCUGAAAGGAGAGACGUUUUCUCAUGUGUUUGGAGCUAACACUUCUAGUCUAGAACUGUUUUUGAUGAGCAGAAAGAUCAAAGGACCAAGUUGGCUAGAAAUAAAAAAUCCACAACUCUUGAAUCAGACUGUCAGUUGGUGUAAGGUGGAAGUAGCAGCAUUGAAGCCUGAUUUGGUGGAUGUGGUAAAAGAUCUUUCGCCCCCUCCUCUUGUGAUUAUGUCUCUUAGCAUGAAGACAGUUCAGAACACAAAGACUCAUCAGAAUGAGAUUAUGGCUAUUGCAGUUUUAGUACAUCACAAAUUUUGUCUGGACAAAGCACCUCCUGAACCUCCAUUUCAAACCCAUUUCUGUGUUAUUUCCAAACCAAAUGACUGCAUUUUUCCAUAUGACUUCAAAGAAGCUGCUAAGACUAAGAAUGCUAAAAUAGAGAUUGCUGGAACAGAGAGGAUGCUUCUGGGAUUUUUUCUGGCAAAGGUUCAUAAAAUUGAUCCUGAUGUUAUUGUGGGACAUAAUAUUUAUGGCUUUGAUAUGGAAGUCCUUCUCCAGAGAAUUAACAUUUGCAAAGUCCCACAUUGGUCCAAGAUAGGUCGACUGAGGAGAUCGGUCAUGCCAAAACUUGGGGGUCGUAGUGGAUUCGCUGAAAGAAAUGCAGCAUGUGGUCGAAUGAUUUGUGAUGUAGAAAUUUCUGCAAAGGAAUUGAUUCGUUGCAAGAGCUAUCAUUUGUCUGAACUGGUCAGUCAGGUUCUGAAAAUGGAAAGAGUGACAAUCCCACCUGAAGAAAUAAGAAAUAUGUACAGUGAUUCUCAUCACUUGUUUUACAUGCUGGAGAACACCUGGACUGAUGCCAAGUACAUUUUACAAAUAAUGUGUGAGCUUAGUGUUCUUCCACUAGCCCUACAGAUCACAAAUAUUGCUGGGAAUGUUAUGUCAAGGACGCUGAUGGGUGGGCGAGCUGAGCGUAAUGAGUUCUUACUGCUUCAUGCAUUUUAUGAAAAAGAUUUUAUUGUGCCUGAUAAGCAGAAUUUUAAAAAGCCUCAACAUAAACAGCUAGAUGAAGAUGAAGAUUUUGAAGGUGAUCAGAAUAAAUCAAAGAUGGGACGAAAAAAGGCAGCAUAUUCUGGAGGCUUAGUUUUGGAUCCAAAAAUUGGCUUUUAUGACAAGUUCAUUCUGCUUCUUGAUUUCAAUAGCCUGUACCCUUCAAUUAUCCAAGAGUUUAACAUAUGUUUCACGACAGUUCAUAGGAUGACUUCUAAUAUGCAAAAAAGAACAGAGGAUGGAGAAGAAGAAGAAAUUCCAGAAUUACCAGAUCCAUCCCUAGAAAUGGGAAUUUUGCCUAAAGAGAUCAGGAAACUAGUUGAGCGAAGGCGUCAGGUGAAGCAGUUGAUGAAGCAAGCAGACUUAAAUUCUGACCUCUACUUACAGUACGAUAUCAGGCAGAAGGCUUUGAAGCUAACAGCAAACAGCAUGUAUGGUUGCCUUGGAUUUUCCUACAGCAGAUUCUAUGCAAAGCCUCUAGCUGCUUUGGUGACAUUCAAAGGCAGAGAGAUUUUGAUGCAUACUAAGGAGAUGGUACAGAAGAUGAAUCUGGAAGUAAUUUAUGGUGAUACUGACUCCAUUAUGAUAAACACAAACAUUAGCAACCUGGAAGAAGUCUUUAAAUUGGGGAAUAAGAUCAAAAGUGAAGUGAACAAGCUGUACAAAUUGCUGGAGAUAGAUAUUGAUGGAGUCUUUAAGUCCCUUUUGCUGCUGAAAAAGAAAAAAUAUGCUGCUUUGGUUGUGGAGCCAACAGGAAAUGGAAACUACAUUACCAAACAAGAACUUAAAGGACUAGACAUAGUGAGAAGAGACUGGUGUGACCUUGCAAAAGAGACUGGAAAUUACAUAAUUGGCCAGAUUCUUUCUGAUCAGUCCCGAGACAUAAUUGUAGAAAACAUCCAAAGGAAAUUAAUCCAAAUUAGAGAAAAUGUGGAAAAUGGAAGUGUGCCAAAAAAACAAUUUGAAAUCAACAAGGCAUUAACAAAGGAUCCCCAGGAUUACCCUGACAAAAAGAGCCUGCCACAUGUGCAUGUUGCCCUAUGGAUAAACUCUCAAGAGGGUAGAAAAUUAAAAUCUGGAGAUACUGUGUCAUAUGUUAUUUGUCAGGAUGGAUCAAAUCUGAGUGCCAGCCAGAGAGCAUAUGCUCCAGAACAGUUGAACAAACAAGAAAAUCUUAUAAUUGACACUCAGUAUUAUCUGUCACAGCAAAUUCACCCUGUAGUGGCUCGUAUCUGUGAACCCAUAAAUGGAAUUGACUCUGUCCUUAUUGCAUCUUGGUUAGGGCUGGAUCCCUCACAGUUCAAAGUCUUUCACCAUUAUCAUAAAGAUGAGGAGAAUGAUGCCUUGCUUGGCGGCCCGGUUCAGCUCACUGAUGAAGAGAAAUAUAAAGACUGUGAAAGAUUCAUGUUUGCCUGCCCAAAAUGUGGGACAGAGAACAUUUAUGACAGUGUCUUUGAUGGUUCGGGUCUGCUGAUUGAAGCCAGUUUGCUACAGUGCAGCAAAAAAGAAUGUGAUGAAUCUCCUCUAAAAUACACAACACAAAUUAAUAACAAGCUAAUCCUGGAUAUACGACAUUACAUAAGAAAGUACUACAGCGGUUGGUUGAUAUGUGAAGAGCAGACAUGCCAAAAUCGUAUACAUCGACUUCCACAUCACUUUUCCCGGAAUGGUCCUCUCUGUCCUGCCUGUAGGAAGGCUGUUCUUAGAGAAGAGUAUUCUGACAAGGCCCUAUACACCCAGCUGUGCUUUUACCGGUACAUUUUUGAUGUGGACUAUGCAAUGGAAAAACUUACUGAUCAAGAGAAAGAGCAUGUGAAGAACAAGAAACAGUCAAAUUUCAAGGACAUGGAGAUGAAUUACAAAAAACUGAAGAGUACAGUAGACAAGUGGUUGUCCAUGAGCAGCUACUCUGAAGUGAAUCUCUGCAAACUCUUUCAGACAUUCAGUGCAGUAAAAACAGUGGGAGAUCUCAGUAGUUAAAUACUAAGUUUAGGUAGAAUGGGGACAAGAUGCCUUUGUGGACUCCUUUCUGAGAAAACGUUUUCAGCUCUUUUUAAGUUUUCCAUUUACUAUUUCACACAAUGUUGUACGCUGUUUAACAAGAACAUGCAUUCUUUUAUUUAAAUAAGAAUUUAAUUAUGAAAACUAUAAAACAAAAACAAUGCUGUAAGCCAACAUAUACUAGGCACUAUAAAGUAUGCGUUUGCACGUACAUGUCUGUGUGCACACACACACACACAUACAGUAUAUUCAGACCAUAGUACAUUGAAACCUAGGAGGGAAUAAAGAGGUGGAGAAAGAGCUCCUUUAAUUGAAUAAUUCCCAGUGAGAGUUGCUGGAAUGUAAGUGAUCCUAGACUUUGCUCCAGGGUAUUUAGUAGAGGUGCUCUCAGGAAAAGAGGUUAGUGGAGGUCUCAGUAGGAGCACUAAUGUUUUCUCUUUUCACAGUUUAUCUGCUUUGUGAUCAUAAACACACAAGUUAAAGACAAUACUGAACUUAAAUGCUUUCUGAUGCCUACAUUUAUUCUGAUGUGGUUUCUCUUUCUAAAAAUUGUUCAUAAAUUGUUUUUUUCAUCAACUUUUAUUCAUCCAGACUGUAUUGCAUUGUAAAGAUACGGAGAAACCACAUGGAAAUUAAUCCUGAAGUACCAAUUGACUUCUGUAUAGGGCAAAUAGACAAGGUAGUAUGCUGAAAAUUUUCCAGGCUACACAUAAAUUUCUAAAUGUUAUAUUUUGGUUCUUUGAAAUUCAACAAAAUAAACAAUGGGAUGAAAGAAAAAAAUUAGACACAGUUUGACCAAGAAAUAUAAGUAAUUGAAAAUACUGUGGUAAGCAAUUAAAGCUAUGAAGAAGUUUUCAGAGACUUUGUCUCUGUUUAUUGCCAAUAAAAUGGUGAAUGGAAAUGGCAAAAGUCAAACUGUGAUAUGGGUAGCUUUUGACAUGGUAGGAGGAAAAAUAAUCUUUAUAAGUAUUUUUAAAAAUUUGUUAACAUCAUUUACUGGUAAAUAUAAAAGCAUUUUAAAUGUGCAUGUAAGGUUAAUGUCACUAUUAAUGGUAACAUAAUAAAAUUUUCCAGUGUAAGCUG